AUGAGUCGCACUGACAUAUUUUAUCAAGGCAAAGAUUAUGAAAAAUACAGAGCUACACAUAUAUCAAUUCCUGCAGCACUUGUAGCUGACGAUACUAUCGAGAAGAGUGAUGGUGAAGUAAUGGAGAAUUACAGACAAAACUGUGCUAUCAAAAAGAAUUUUAAGUUUUUUCCGACAGUAGUAAAAGCAGUUUUUGCUGAAAUGGUGGAUGUAAAACUGUUGAAACAGCCAACAAUGAUACUAUUUUGCCUGUCAAAUAUAUUUGCUAUGCUUGGCUUUUAUAUUCCAUUUAUGUUUUUACGAAAUAUGGCUCAUAAAAAAGGUGUAAAUCCAGAAGAUACUGAAUGGCUUUUAUCAAUUCUUGGCGUUUUUAAUACUGUUGCUGCUUAUGUCAGUCUGACAACUGUAAAUUUAACGGACCUCUUGGGACUGGAGCAACUUACCAAUGCUUUCGGUAUGGUUAUAGUUAGCCGUAGUUUUGCGUGUUUCCUCGGUACUCCUCUGGCAGGUUUCUUUUAUGAUGUUACCAUGUCCUAUGACGCAUCAUUUUGGUUUGCUGGAAUUCUUAUUUUGUUUGGUGGUGUAGCUACCUGUUUGGUUCCUACGUUUGAGAAGCAAAAAAACAAGAUUUCCGACAGUCGUAAUUCUUCCAUUUAG